GCCUGUAAAGAACUACGUUAUAGUCGACACAAGUCAUCCCGUUCGCGCGAAAUCGUUAUGUAAGUGAGAAUCAUAUCGACACCAUCCGAACGGCAAGGGGGUUACUUCUCAACAUUAAUUCAAUCUAUGUAUUUCGCUUCAAUGAAUCGAUAUGAUGUACCCGCUUGUUGGAAUGUACGCCGGGCACAACAUAUAAUGGGCUGGUUCUUCCACGAAUAUCGAUAUCGUCUCACUUCUAUCUCCCCUCUGAGGUCCCUCAAACAACCAUAUACUAGAGCUGCAUAAUGGCGUCAUCCACCUUCGACAUCCCUCGGACCCAGCGCGCAGCCCAGGUCUGCGCCUACGGCAAACCUCUCGUCAUCAACCCGUCUUAUCCUGUCCCCUCUCCCGAGUCCCUCGCACCUAACGAAUGUCUGGUCAAGCUCGAGACUGCUGGCGUGUGUCAAAGCGACCUUCACGCACGGGACGGCGACUGGGAAGGCCUGAGGCCACCUCUCCACUUGGUAUGUGGCCAUGAAGGCGUUGGCCGCGUCGUCGCUAUUGGUGCAGGGACCCAAGAUAGCUCCGUACUCAUUGGAGACCGCGUUGGGCUUAAAUUCAUGGCGCGUACCUGUCUUCGGUGUGAGCUCUGCCGAAAGGGAAACGAAGCAUCCUGCCAGAGUAGCCAGGUCCAUGGAUUUACUGUCGAUGGAACAUUUGCUGAAUACGCUGUGUCGUACGUUGACUAUGUCACACCGAUUCCAGAUGGUCUCUCGAGCGCAGCUGCAACUCCUAUCCUGUGCGCGGGUCUCACCGUUUACAAGGGCCUGAAACAAUGCAAUGCAACUGCCGGAGAAUGGAUCGCCAUCCCCGGUGCUGGUGGUGGACUCGGUCAUCUCGCUAUUCAAUAUGCAGUGAACUUGGGCUUGAGAGUCGUCGCCAUAGAUACUGGCGACUCAAAGCGUGACCUAUGUCUUAGCCUCGGUGCUGAGAAAUGGAUUGAUUUUAGAGAGAGCAUUGACCUCGUUCAGGAUGUCAUAGAAGCGACAGAUGGUGGCGCUCACGCUGCUCUGGUUGCAGCAGGCGGCGCUGCGCCGUACGAGCAGGCGCUGUACUACCUCCGCCCUGCCGGAACCUUGGUUGCUGUGGGGCUAGGCUCUGGAACAGCCGCUAUGAAGGCCCCAAUAACCGUGUUUGUAAUCAAGGCACUCAAGAUUGUUGGCUCUGUGUUAGGAAAUAGGCAAGAUGUGAUAGAAGCCCUGGACAUGGCGGCACGCGGCAAAGUGGUCACGCAUUAUACAACCAGACGUCUGGAGGACCUUGACAGCGUGCUGCACGAGCUCGAACAAGGGAAGAUAACAGGCCGAGUAGUCAUCGAAUUUUAACCCC